UAAAAAUGCACGCCUACGGCUACCGCUUAGCACAACUCAGUAGCACACAGAUGGCUCCUGUACCUGUAGGGACUCUUAGUUCAUCACUCUUCAGAGUCACCAUCCUCCUCACUUUCUUGACCUCUUUUGCCCCUGCUUCUUCACUAGAUGGCACCACACUGGACGACCAAUCCGGUAAGGACUUCCAGGCACUCCUUUGUCUCAAGAACCACCUUUCUAACAAUAACAAAGCCCUCGCCUCGUGGAACAAUACCCUUCAGUAUUGCAGUUGGCCUGGUGUCACCUGUGGCAAGAAGCACGCAUCUCGCGUCACAGUGCUUGACCUUGAAUCGCUAAGCCUGAACGGCCAAAUACCACCCUGCAUCGGUAAUCUCACUUUCCUCGCAAAAAUCUACCUACAGGAGAACCUGCUGAAUGGUGGGAUCCCCCCUGAGGUAGGUCAUCUGCGCCACCUUGUCGAGCUUUACCUUCCAUAUAACAAUCUUACUGGUGUAAUACCAAACUCUUUAUCUAACUGUUCUAGCCUUCAGAUCAUUGAUCUUGAAAGCAACUCCCUCCAUGGAAGCAUUCCGGAUGGGCUCGGCCUGCUUCCUGAUCUUUCAGUUCUGUCUGUUCCUGGAAACAAGUUGACAGGCAAUAUUCCUUACACACUUGGAAGCAGCUCAUCACUCAACUAUGUCUACCUGGCAAACAACAGCCUAACUGGGGGCAUCCCAUCUCUCCUAGCAAAUAGUUCAUCAACUAUCUGGCUGAACUUGGAAAGCAAUUAUCUCGAUGGAGAGGUACCUCCUUCUCUCUUUAACAGCUCGUUUCUUGAAGUCUUAAAUUUGAAAGGAAAUAACUUCUUUGGGUCUAUUCCACCUUUCUCAACUAACUCAAUGUUGCAAACUCUUUUCCUAUCCUACAAUAAUCUCUCAGGAAAAAUACCUUCCUCUCUAGGAAACUCCACUUCCCUGAUUGAGCUGUUACUUGCAGCAAAUCACUUGCAAGGAAGCCUCCCGUGGAGUUUAAGUAAAAUUCCAAACUUGCAAAUGUUAGACCUGACUAACAACAACUUGUCAGGAACCGUUCCAGGCUCUCUAUUCAAUAUAUCGACACUCACAUACCUUGGCAUGGGCACUAACAGCCUAACAGGAGAUAUUCCAGAAAAUAUUGGCCACACCCUUCCAAGAAUCCAGACAUUCAUUGUUCAAGGAAACAGAUUCGGAGGUCGUAUUCCCACUACAAUGGCCAAGGCCAGAAAUCUUCAGAAAAUUAAUCUCGGUGACAAUGCAUUCCAUGGUAUUAUUCCUUAUUUUGGGUCCUUGCCCAACUUAAUCGAACUAAAUCUAUGUAAGAACCAACUCGAAGCUGGAGACUGGACUUUCCUGCACUCGCUCGCCAGUUGUACAAAGCUGGUAAGUUUACGUUUAGAUGAAAAUAACCUACAAGGUGAACUGCCAAAGUCCAUAGGUGAUCUUCCAAAAAGCUUAGAAUCUCUGUACUUGUCAGCCAAUAAAAUAUCUGGCACCAUACCACAUGAGAUAGGGAACAUUAGUAGCCUCAAACUUCUUUACAUGGAGCACAAUUUGCUUACUGGAACCAUUCCGGGCUCACUUGGAAACCUUUCAAACUUGUUCGUUCUAAGCUUAUCACAAAACAAGCUAUCUGGUCAAAUCCCACUUUCAAUUCAAAACCUUGGUCAAUUAAGUGAGCUCUAUUUGCAGCAAAAUAAUUUGAGCAGGCCCAUCCCAGUAGCUUUAGCACAGUGCAAUAAGUUACACACUCUAAACCUCUCUUGCAACUCAUUUGAUGGAACAAUACCAAAAGAACUGUUCACUAUUUCCACACUUGCUGAAGGUCUUGAUCUCUCUCACAACAAACUCUCUGGACAUAUACCGAUGGAGAUUGGCAAAUUAAUCAACCUUUCCCCCCUCGAUAUUUCCAACAACCUGUUGACUGGAGAAAUUCCCUCAACUCUGGGCCAGUGCCUCCAUUUAGAGUCCCUCCACCUGGAAGGGAAUCUACUUGAUGGGCGAAUCCCUCAAUCUUUCGCUGCAUUGAAAGGCAUCAGCGACAUGGAUCUUUCUCGAAACAACUUGUCCGGUCAAGUUCCAGACUUCUUUGAGGCCUUCAACUCCAUGUCACUUCUCAAUUUGUCAUUCAACAACCUGGAGGGACCCAUGCCAACUGGUGGGAUCUUCCAAAAUGCAAGCAAAGUGUUCGUCCAGGGGAACAAAGAGUUGUGUGCUGUCUCGCCACUAUUGAGAUUGCCACUUUGCCACACGGCUGCAUCUCAACAAGGACACAGAUUCCACAUUCUGAAGAUAAUAGGAUUAUCUGCUCUUGCCUUGGUCAUGUUAUCAUGUUUUGGAGUCAUUUUCUUGAAGAAGGGAAAGAAAGUUAAACAAGAAGAUCAUCCAUCGUUUGAGGAGUUAAAGAAGUUCACAUAUGCUGAUUUAGUGAAAGCAACAAAUGGUUUCUCUUUAGCCAACUUGGUUGGUUCGGGAAAGUAUGGGUCCGUAUACAAAGGUAAAAUUGAGUCUGAAGAACACGCAGUUGCUAUCAAAGUUUUCAAACUUGAUCAACCUGGGGCUACGAAAAGCUUCGUUGCUGAAUGUCAAGCACUCAAAAACACUCGUCAUCGUAAUCUUGUAAGGGUGAUCACUGUAUGCUCGACAAGUGAUCUGACAGGACAUGAGUUCAAAGCUCUUGUCCUUGAAUAUAUGGUUAAUGGCAACCUUGAAAGUUGGCUCCAUCCGACACUCCACGAGCAUCAUUUGGAAAGGCCCUUGUCUUUGAGUUCAAGAAUAGCAAUAGUAGUGGACAUAGCAGCUGCUUUAGAUUACCUGCAUAACCAUUGCAUGCCUCCUAUGACACACUGUGAUCUGAAGCCAAGCAAUGUCCUUCUGGAUGAUGUCAUGGGUGCAUGUGUUGGUGACUUCGGGUUGACUAAGUUCGUACACAGUUAUACUUCUUCCAGGAUUGAUGGUUCUACGAGCUUAGUGGGACCAAGAGGAUCAGUUGGAUACAUUGCACCAGAAUAUGGCUUUGGGAGCAAAAUCUCCACUGAGGGUGAUGUAUACAGCUAUGGAGUUAUCAUCUUAGAAAUGCUCACAGGAAAGCGUCCAACUGAUGAGAUGUUUAAAGAUGGCCUGAGCCUUUACAAUUUUGUGGAGAAAUCAUUUCCUGAAAAGAUUGGUGAGAUUCUAGAUCCAAGAAUCAUUCCCUAUUAUGCGGACCAAGACGAAGAAGCAGGCAGGGCUGUAGAUCAAGAAAAUCAUCAUCAAAUGGCUGGAAUGAGCUGCAUCAUCAAGCUCGUUAAGAUUGGCCUCAUGUGCGCUGCAGAGACACCUAAAUAUCGUCCCUCGAUGCAGGAUGUUUACAUUGAGAUCACCGCAAUCAAAGAAGCAUUUUCAGCACUGCAGGGUUGAACAAAAGUACAUUCGUUUUCUAUUGCUCAGAUGUUGCUGCUGCAGGAAGACCUAAGACUAGUUUACUUCACAUAAUUCUUUACUCUUUCUCGAUACAAAUCAAUGUUAUGUCGUGGAUCGUCUUCCAUUUUACAAGUAAAUCUAUGUUCGUCGUGUAUGUAAACUGUGGUUCAAUCUAUAUCAAAUAAAAAAGUUCAGCACAUGAACUUUUCUUU